UCUCUUCACGUCCUCUUCCGCCUGUCUCUUCGUGUCCUGUUCGAGCACAGUCACUUCCUGUAGGAGACGAGACAUCGAGACGCCAGAAUCUCACCAUGAAGUGACGACAUUUACAAGUUGUUUGUGGAUUUUAUUGUGAAAUCGUCCCAGUUUGACACGAAGCGUUUCUCAGAAGCAAAGUGUCAGCGUGGACGUGAGGAUGGGACGCGCUUUGUUUGGUGUGUUGGGGCUUUUCUUGCUGAAUAUUCUCCUCUACUGUGGACACGCUCAAGAUCCUUUGCUGCAUAUUGAGCCAAACUGGUCUCCUUUAUUUACUGGAGAGAAAGUUACCUUCAUAUGUGACUUAAAGGAAGUAAACAACGCUGACUGGGUUUACUCAUUCAGAUGGAAAGAUCAUUGGUUUAUCAACUACGGAACAGAAAAUACAUAUACAUUACCAUCUCUAACUACAGGAUAUAGUGGUGAAUAUCAGUGUGCUGCUUCUCAGAAGUCUUCCAACGUUAGCAGAGGAAGUAAUAAAGUCUCUCUAAGUGUAUCAGCAAAACCAAAGGCCCAACUGAGAAAAUACUCUGUAGACGGACGUGUGACCCUGACCUGCUCUGUGGGGUCAUCUUCAUCGUCAUCAUCAUCAUCUGGAUGGAAGUACUUCUUGUACAGAGACGAGAAAACCUCUGAACCUCUGAAAACAGGAGAUGAUGUUCUCCUCCAGAGUGGAAGCAUCUCUCCCUCUGGUGGAGGAGUCUACUGGUGCAGAGGAGGAAGAGGAGACCCAGUUUACUACACAGAGUACAGCCAUCCAGUCGAUGUCCCUCAGCCUGUCCUCACAGUGUCUCCAUCAUGGACGAGUCCUGGAGACUCAGUGACUCUGACCUGCAGUGUUGAACCUCCGUCUGCAGGAUGGAGGUUCUUCUGGUAUCAGGCUGUUCCAGAACUGUCACUCAACUACACCUAUGAGCUUCUAGCUGGUAACACCACUGGGACUGAACAGGAUUCCUACAUUCUUCAUGGACAGACACACACAGCAGGAUAUGUGUGCAGAGCUGGAAGAGGAGAUCCUGUGUUUUACACUCUGUACAGUGAUGUGAUGUUUGUGUGGUCUGGAGGUGAGUUUGUUCACACUUCAGCGUCUCUCACAGUGAGUCCUCACAGACUGCAGCACUUCAGCACAGAGUCACUGUCACUGAGCUGUGAGGGAAACUCUACUGAGUGGAGACUGAUGAAGGCUGAUGAAUCUGGCUUCAUGUCAUCCUGUUCUUACUGGGGACAAAUGACUGGAUCCACAUGCAACACCGACACUAGAGCGAGUAGUGGAGUGUACUGGUGUGAGUCUGCAACACAGUCCAGCAAUGCAGCCAACAUCACUACACACAGUGGUGAUGUCAUCCUGGUGAGUCCUGUCCGUCCUGUGACUGAGGGACAUUCGGUCACUCUUGGCUGCAUGUUGAGGACAAAAGAACAUCUUGAUAAUGUGGAUUUCUAUAAAAAUGACAAACUCCUCCCAAAUGGUGUCGGAGGGGAGCUGCUUAUCUCUGCAGUUACUAAGUCAGAUGAAGGCUUUUAUAAAUGUAGAGGAAGGAAUUCACCUCCAGGUUUGGAGACUUUGACCUCAGCAGAGAGCUGGUUGUCAGUGGAACGUGAGUACGAGUAGAAGAUGUUUUCUUUGUAAUAUGUGUUACAGUCUGAGUUACAAAAGGUGUAACUGAAUUAAACUAUUUGUUUGUGUGAGACAAUAUAGUUUUGUACAUUUAAGUG